UACGGUUCGGUUUUACCAUAUUGAACAGCCCUAGUUCUGAGCAAUUUACAAAAUGCAAAUCUAUUUUAUCCAAAGCAAAUAAAAUUGAAAUUUAAUGUCAAUUGUUAUUCCAUAUGAAAGCAAAUUUCAAUGAAAUUACUCGGAAACUUUUUUAUAUGAAAAGUUUAUGAUCAUUUGAAUAUGUUUUAGUUUUAUUGUGAUAAAACCAAAAAGGCUAACAUAUGACAAAAUUCUUAUCUUUAUAGCAACUUGUUUAAGAAUAAUAGAUACCGAAUGAUUACUAAGGUUUUGUGGAAAAUAAAUGAAUAAAUUUCACAAAGACACUUUUAAGCAUUUACAAAGAAACGACCUUUUUACUUUAUAAAGGUUCCAUUUCACAUCACUGUACAUAGUAUAUAGAGUAUUUUAUUCUGUAUAUUCGAUUAUAUAUUACAAGUUUCAACUGAAAAUAGCUUAUGUCACCGUGUUCGUAGAUCAAAUGGUUAGGAGAUCAAUAUUCAAGGGGAAUAGUACUGAGCGUUACAAGACCAUUAAACGAAAAACCUAAUCCAGAGUUUUAUUUAUAUAGUUUUCAAAAUCGAAUUUUUUCAUCCUGUUUUUCUUCUUUUUUUUUAAAUGACCAAACUAUUACUAUGAUGUGAACAUGAGUUCUAAAAAUGUGGAAGACAGUGAAACUAUUUAUAAAUUUCCGAAGUAAAACAAAGUUCUAACAACUUUUUUUUCCAGUUCACACGUUCAUAUUGAAAAUAAUCUGGCUAGGAUAUUAUUUGGUCGAUCUUCUUGGCAUUUUCUUAUAUAAUUUUAAUUUAUUUUUAUUCGAAUAGAAAAUGCAUAAAAUUGACAAAUAAGACCAUAGCAUGGAAAAUGUCAUAUUAAAGAAUGGCGGGUUCCUCAGACCUUCUCUCCUUCCACAAAAUCUAAAAGAAGAACUCUAAUUUUCUUAUAUAUCCCCUCAAACUUCCUUCCCCUUUUUGUUUGGUUUCACCUAAAUCAAGAUUAUAUUACAAAACCUAUUUAAGUAAUUCGAAACUCAAACAAUGAAUGCUUCAUAGAUACUUGAUCAUCCACUAGCUCUUGUCUGAAACAAGACAUAGAAGAAGAAGACAACUGAUCAAAUGGGCCAUUGCAUUUCAUCUCUAUUCUCUUCCUCUCCGUCCAAAACAGGUCUCCAGCAUAAUCAUGCCUCGACGAACAACCACAGUAAUGGAACAGAGUUCUCGUCGUCAACAACCACCACCGCCGCGACGUCCAACAGCAGCGCCGGACGACGGAGCCAAUUCUCCGAGGCGAUAAGCGAGAGUUCCGGUGGGAUUAUAACUGAUUCCGGUCAACUACUGGAAUCACCAAAUCUCAAGGUCUACACCUUUCUUGAACUAUCGACGGCGACCAAGAACUUCAAACCGGACUCGAUGUUGGGUCAAGGAGGUUUCGGGAAGGUUUACAGAGGUUGGAUCGAUGCCAAGACUCUUCUUCCUUCUAAAGCCGCCUCCGGUAUGAUCGUCGCCGUCAAAAGAUUGAACUCCGAGAGCGUUCAGGGUUAUUCAGAGUGGCGCUCAGAGAUUAACUUUUUGGGGACGCUUUCACACCCAAAUCUGGUGAAGUUAUUAGGAUACUGCCGUGAAGACAAGGAGCUUCUCCUUGUCUACGAGUUCAUGCCCAAAGGAAGCCUUGAGAAUCACCUUUUCAGACGGGGCGAGCCUUUUCCUUGGGAUCUAAGGAUCAAGAUUGUGAUCGGUGCAGCUCGUGGUCUUGCGUUUCUACACGGCUUACCAAGAGAAGUCAUAUACAGAGACUUUAAAGCCUCCAAUAUUCUUCUCGAUUCCAACUAUGAUGCAAGGCUUUCAGAUUUCGGUUUAGCAAAGUUAGGACCAUCACAAGAGAAGUCACACGUCACAACUAGGAUCAUGGGCACGUAUGGUUACGCUGCUCCUGAAUAUAUGGCAACAGGACAUUUAUACGUCAAGAGUGACGUCUAUGCGUUCGGCGUAGUACUAUUAGAAAUAAUGACUGGACUAAGGGCACACAAUACAAAACGGCCCAACGGACAAGAGAGUCUAGUCGACUGGUUAAGACCAGACUUGUUAAGCAAACACGGAGUGAAACAUAUAAUGGACAAAGGAAUCAAAGGUCAAUACUCAUCCAAAGUCGCAGCAGAAAUGGCACGCAUCACACUCUCUUGCAUCGAGCUUGACCCAAAAAACCGACCACCCAUGAAGGAAGUAGUCGACGUACUCGAAAACAUCCAACGCAUUAAUGUUGUUCCAGACCGUUCUUCCACUAAACCGGCUGUUGCUAGCUCUUCUCGUUCCUCGCCACAUCACUAUCAGUAUGGAUAUCGAGCUGGUGCGGCUGGGGCUGAACGGAGGAAGUCACCAAGGGCGUCGCCUGGAAGGGUUGGAGUACAGAAAGAAAUGGCUGCUUGAUGUUAUUUAUUUAUCGGCCAUACUGAUCCGAUAUGGUUUCAGAGUCCUUUUGAUUCUAUUCUAUUCUAUUUUUUUUUAACUCUAUUCUAUUUUGAAAUCAGAGUAACUAGAAUUUAUUUGAGACCAUAUUAUUGGAGUGUAUAGAAUAGCGUUUUCUUGUGUUGUUGUAUGAGAUACUAUAGUUGCUCAACCGUUGCAAGAUGGAAAGUAUGUGAAAUUUAAUCAAAUA